CACCUCACCUCACCUCACCUCACCAUGGCCGUCUCCACCUCCAUCCAAGACCGCACGUCGGAAUUCCACUCGGUCCUCACUCAGGUCCAGAAGCAGCGGCGCUCGAACAAGAUAGGCGCGCAGCGGCAGUCGCUGCUCAGCAACGCCCAGAAAGCAGAUAAUGCGUCUGCCACCGCUGAAAAACCAAGGCGGUCGGAGUUUGCGCGGCGUGCGGCGGAGAUCGGGCGUGGGAUCUCGGGGACGAUGGCGAAGCUUGAGAAACUCGCGCAGCUCGCAAAGCGCAAAACCCUCUUCGACGACCGCCCCCUCGAAAUCAACGAGCUAACCUACAUAAUCAAACAAGACCUCUCCUCGCUGAACACCCAAAUCUCCUCCCUCCAAACCCUCACCCGCGUCCAGAACCCGUCCGCCGCGCCCCAACAAACCGAGCACGCCAAAAACGUCGUAUUCCUCCUACAAGGGAAACUAACCGACGUCUCGGCGAACUUCAAAGACGUCCUGGAACUCCGCACCCAGAAUAUCCGCGCCUCGCGAUCGAGGACCGAGAAUUUCGUGUCAGCGGUAUCCUCACAUGCGCUACCGACGGAGGGGCAAUCCGCGUCCCCCCUCUACUCCACACCGGCGCGCGGCUCCCCCGCACCAUCCUACAACCCCGCCACCGCCGGCGGCGCGUCGCAAGACCUCCUAACCCUCAACCCCGUCGGCGACCAACAGCUCCUCAUGAUGGAAGAAGCGCAGCCUCAGCACGCGUACAUCCAGCAGCGCGGGGAAGCGAUUGAGGCGAUCGAGCGGACGAUUUCGGAGCUGGGAGGGAUAUUUGGACAGUUGGCGGGGAUGGUGAGUGAGCAGAGCGAGAUGAUUCAGAGGAUCGAUGCGAAUACGGAGGAUGUGGUGGAUAAUGUGGAGGGGGCGCAGAGGGAGCUGUUGAAGUAUUGGGGGAGGGUGAGUGGGAAUCGGUGGUUGGUGGCGCAGAUGUUUGGGGUGUUGAUGGUUUUCUUUUUAUUAUGGGUCCUGGUAGCUGGCUAGCCAUCUCCCCAAACAACACAACGACACGACGUCUCCACAAUUUCCUUCCUUCCAUUUUCCUUAAUCCGGCGCAGAGAAAGAACUAGUGGACCACAGCAACAGCAUGUAUGAAUGAGUGGGCGGAUAAUGUGUUAGAUACCUUUUCUCGUAGAGCAGAGAGAGCAUUUUUUUGUGCGGUACUGUAUAACAGCGAGAAGACGGGAUCAAAUACCAUAGAGAGAUGGAUUGGGUGGGGAGAAGGUAGUGCUUGAUACAUGCGAAUACUACAUACUUAAUAACUGUUCA